AAAAGAACUUGAUGCAAGAGUGACAUUAAAUGGGCCUGAAUUCCAAGAAGCAUUGGCUAAAGAAAUUACCAAGGAGGAACGGCGGCAUAGUCAGCAAAUGAAUGAAUUUCAAGAGAAGAUGAAAGCACUGACACAGCAGUAUACAGAUCUAGAAGAUGAGUUUCGUGCUGCUCUGAUUAUUGAGUCAGGGAGAUUUAAAGAGGUUAAAGAUGGCUUUGAUACUGUCACAGCAGAGCUAGCAGAAUACAAAGAUGUUCUGAGUCGUUGUCAACAAAAGGAAAAACAGUCAGCAAGUUUAAUUCAAGAGCUUACUUCCAUGGUGAAAGAACAGAAAAACAGAAUAGCUGAGGUCACCAAGGCAAAACAAGAAAUGACAAACGAUUUAAAG